AUGGACGCGGACAAAAGUCAAUCCAAAUCGAUCAGCGAAGCCUCCGAUCGGCCCACGGACCACCGCUUCCAAAACGUCGUCGUCAUGCGCCACGGCGACCGCAUCGACAACUUCGAGCCCCUCUGGACAUCGCAAUCGCCGAGGCCGUGGGACCCGCCUCUGGUCGAAGAGGGCAAGGUCCGGGCCUUCUGCACCGGUACCAAGCUCCGAUCGGGUCUCGGGUUUCCAAUCCACCGCGUCUUCGUCUCGCCAUUCGUGCGAUGCGUCGAGACCGCCGUCCAAGUCGUCACCGCCCUCUCCGCCACCGAAGACCCUUCUCUCUCCAAAUACGAGAGCGACCAGCCCGUCCCCGUCGACCCCUCUAAGCUCAAGGUAUCAAUUGAAUAUGGGUUAUGUGAGAUGCUAAACAAAGAGGCGAUUCGCGGUGAUUUGGCUCCGAAAGAUGGACAAUGGGGCUUCAACAUUGCAGAUCUUGAGGCUAUGUUCCCGGCUGGGACGGUGGAUCAAACGGCGGAACGGGUGUACAAAGAGCUGCCUCAGUGGGGUGAGAGCAUGAUGGGCGCCCGGGCUAGAUAUGCUCAGGUCAUUGAGGCUCUUGCUGACAAAUACCCUACAGAAAACUUGCUCCUUGUCAGUCAUGGUGAAGGAGUUGGUUCUUCAAUUUCUGCAUUCCUGGAGGGCGCCACAGUAUACGAAGUAGAAUACUGCGCAUAUUCAGAACUAAGAAGGCCCAUCAAAAACCAGUCAUCAGCUGCAGGAAAGUUUGAGGUAAUGGUAAAUCGUGGCCGAACUGGUGUCAGUUACUCACUCCCAACCACUGGAACAUAAGAGUAGCAAGACAGCAGUGUAAUAAUCGCAUUCCUUUUAGCACGUUUGACUGCAUUUUUACCCCCAAACUCCUCUUGUCGGAGAUCAUUCGGGGGUUACUGGAUUUACAAAUUAAUCAGACAAUAGUUUUCUUCAUUUGUUUUCGCAACUUCGGAUUCCCAUGUAUUUGCUACCAGACCAUGAAGGGUCCGGUUAGAAGGAAAUGAAACGACAGCUUCCUUUGUAUCAGAACCAGAAUAAUCAUAUUCUGCUUUAAACAUUGAUAAAUGAAAUCGAAUCAAAUUUUCAUUA